AUGAUUUGGGGAAGUUGGCAGAGAUUGGAGCAGCGUCUAUUGCCUCUUUUCCACAGCGAUGAAGGCCUUGAUACGAUUCAAAGGUCUCUUGAAAGUGGUGUCAUCUUACGUUGCGGCACUAGGGAAGACGGCAGGCCUCAUGAAAUUUACGCCUUCGAAGACUGCUACAUGCAGUCCUUUGAACCUAUUGCAACUCUCAUAUGGUCCAUCCUGCCAUCAGUAGGGAUAUACGCUGAUGAUAGCGAGGAUCUCAGGCCUUCGCAGAUUUCCGGAAGCCAGAUUCUUAAGGACCUCAAGGAAUGGGCAGAGCUUACCAGAACUCUCUUCUCCGCACUUGAUACUCCAUUGAGUACCGCUAGAGCAUCGCAGCGCUUCUCCAUUCCAUUCUGGUAUGUCCAGGAGCAAUGGCUUACUAAGUGGGUGAGCUUUCAAGAAAGCUUUCCGGGCGUUGAGCCACUGACUGCCACUCGACACAUGUUGCCUUUAUUUCAGCGGUCCAAGAUUCCAGAAGGCAGAAAUGUUCAUGAACCACUGCUGUCCCUGGUCAAUGCUGCAUAUGCAAAGGCACAAGUUAAGCAUUUGCUAUGGGAUUGGACUGUCUUCAAAAGAGACAUGGUGAGAUGGGAAAUAUUCUGGAAGACCUUGAACGAGGACACCUGGUUCAGAUCAUGGCUCUUCGACGAGGGAUCAGACGAGUUUGGGAAGAAUGGACAGGAACAAGGGCCUAAAGAGAUGCUGAGGCGUUGGAGUCUAAGGUUGGGCACCUUAGAGGAACAGAUGUCGCUUCGUCUUCGGCUCCGAGAAUUCGAUUUCAAUAUCGAUAGCCGUGUUGAUGUGGAGAUCAAAUGA